UACGACUAAAAUAGUUCUCGAACGACGUCGUAGAUCGUCAACCAACACGAGGUAUCUUGUAGUCGCAAACAGAAGUGAUGAAUUGGUGAAGGAAAUCAACUGUCAAUGGAAUCACCGGAAUUACCAGAAUGUCCGGUGUGUCUAUCAACCUACGACGGCGAGUACACUAUCCCAAGAGUACUCGCAUGUGGGCAUACAACCUGCGAGUCAUGCCUUAAAAAUAUCCCACAGAAAUACCCUCUAACCAUUCGCUGUCCUGCAUGUACACAACUUGUCAAGUACCCAUCACAGCAAGGCCCUUCUUCACUUCCUAAAAACAUUGAUCUCCUUAGGCUGGUUCAGCAGCUACAAGAUCAUAAUCCCCAGAAACCCAACAACAAAUCCCAAAUUGACAAACCAGUCCUUGCUCAAGACUUUGACUUCUUUGUGCCUCCUUCAUGGUCUGAUGAGUUUUAUACUUCAUGGAAGAACUGGGUUCUUGACAGAGAUGAUGUUUUUGUUGAGGAUAAAGAGAGAGGAUAUGGGUUGUUAAAGGAGGGGAAUAAAAAGGUGAAGGUGAGGCUUUUUAAGGUUGGCAAUGAUGGGGGUUUGUUGAGUGGUAAAGUUAAAGGAUGUGUUUUUAAGUUGAGUUAUGUUGCCAAGGUUAUGAAUUUGUUGAAUGGGAUGAAGGAGGAGAAGAGAGAUGAAUUGGGUUUUAUUUUGAGGAUUUGUGCUAAACAGGGAAGAAUCUGUAAGGGUUGUGGUUUGUGGUGUGAUUUGGAAGAUGGGGUUUUGUAUUUUGUGUGUGAGAGACUUAAUGGGAAUGUUUUGGAUAUGUUGGGUGAUUUUGAGAAUGGUUUGAGCAAAGAUGGUUUGUCUAGUUUUGCAAUGAUUGGAAUGGAAAUGUAUGAAGCAGUGAUUGGAUUGCAUUUGGAAGGGCUAAUUGUGGGAAGUUUAGGUGUUUCUUGCUUUGAAUUGGAUGGUUUUGGACAUGUGAGUCUAAGUUUGAGUGAGGUUUUGGUGAUGGGAAGGGCAGUUCAUGAUGGGGUUAUGGAACUUGGUUCUGGUGGGAGAAGUUUAAGUGUUAAAAAAUUGGGGAGAUUGGUCGGUGAGAUUUUGAAAAAGGAGGUUUUUGUGAGCCCAGAGGUUUUGUUUGGGAUAUUGAAGAGAGAGGGUAUGGAGGUAGAAUGUGGUAGCAAUAGAUAUCCAAUUGGCCUUGGCUCUGAUGUUUGGACAUUAGCUUGUACUGUCCUUAGAAUGCUUAUCGGGAAAGAAUUCUUUGAGGAGCUAGGUGAUCAUGUAGAUUCUAUCAUUUCAAAAAGAAGUGAAGACAAUAAUUUGGACUGUUCGGGUCUUUACACUGGUUUGAUGGAGAAAGUCAGCUCUUUGUUGGAAAGUAAAACCGGUGAAGAAUUGAAACCAUUGCACCAGAUGCUAUGCAGGUCUUUGAGUUUUGAUCCAGGGAAUCGUCCACAUGCUAUUGAUAUGUGGAAGUGUAUUAGGGACUUAUUUAUUAGACAUCAGCAUGAUACUUCUGUUCCCAGAUUGGGUGAGGCUAUCCAUGAGGAGAAUAAGGAGCAUGUGCGAGUUCUUGGAGAACUAUGUUGGGUGCCCCUAAAAAAAUCAACUCUUAAAAAAUCCGAGUUAGCAGAAAAAAACAGUGGAGAAAAUCAAGAUCAAAGCGAGGACGUGAGAAAUGAUAAAGAUAUCGCUGAGGCUCUCGUGGAGGGGAAGGUCAAGUUCAAAGAAAUGCAGGGCCAUCUUGAUUGUGUUACAGGAUUUGCCAUUGGAGGAGGAUUUCUGUUUAGCUCCUCAUUUGAUAAAACAGUCCAGGUCUGGUCCUUGCAGGACUUCUCUCAUAUGCACACAUUUAAGGGCCAUGAGCAUAAAGUCAUGGCUGUAAUUUAUGUUGAUGAAGAACUACCAUUAUGCAUUAGUGGGGAUGGUGGAGGUGGCAUAUUUCUCUGGAGCAUCAGUGUUCCUAUGGGGAAAGAACCAUUGAAGACAUGGUAUGAGCAAAAAGAUUGGCGUUAUAGUGGAAUUCAUGCCUUGACCACUGCAGGGAAUGGGUAUCUCUAUACUGGUAGUGGAGAUAGGUCAGUUAAGGCUUGGUCAUUGCAGGAUGGCACCCUGUCAUGCAUUAUGGAUGGUCAUAAAUCAGUAGUUUCCACGCUAGCAGCAUGUGAUGGGAUUCUUUAUAGUGGGAGUUGGGAUGGAACCAUCCGUCUGUGGAGUCUAACUGAUCAUAGUCCUUUGACAGUGUUGGGAAAUGACUUGCCAGGAACUGCAACCUCUGUCUUGUCUGUCACUGCAAACCAGAAUAUUCUUGUUGCAGCCCAUGAAAAUGGACAGAUAAAGGCAUGGAGGGAUGACGUGUUUAAGAAAUCGACACAAUGCCACAGUGGUGCGAUUUUGGCUUGUGUCAUGGAGGGAAAAUGGCUAUUCACCGGAGGUUGGGACAAAAUUGUCAACGUACAGGAGUUGUCUGGAGAUGAAUUUCAGGUGGAUACUAGACCCAUUGGAUCAAUCCCAGGAGGUUCUGUGGUAACAGCUUUAUUAUGCUGGCAAGGAAAGCUUUUCGUUGGUCAUGGAGAUAGGACUAUCAAGGUAUACUACCAUGGAAAGUGACCAAAAGCUCACCAGGAGGAGCUACUAUCAAACAUAAAUAAGGAAUAAAGAAAUCUGGUGAACAGAAAUUGCACGGGGGCACAUGGAGAUUAUUCACGAGUACCUGUAAGAUCCAACGAGGUACUGAAAUGAGACAAGUGCAAUGAAAGAAUGUGUUCCUAGAUGAAGCUCAGAGCAUAAAUUGUGUUAAGGUUGUACAACAAGAAGUCUCUUGUACUCUUGUUGAAGACAAUAAUAAAGAUCUUUCCAAUACAUGCAAGAAUGAAAAGAAGAGCUAUUGCAUAUGCUCCUAAUUGAGGGGUUACGACUGCCUGUGAUGAAAGGCAAAGAAACAUUGGUUUGAGUUCUGAGCAUCUUGAGUGAGGUGGUAGUGAUCUCUUAGGGUGCAAGUGCCACAAUGAAAAGCGUAAAAGCUCCAAACAUAGAAAUUGAGAGGGAGGAUUGCGAGGAGUAUAUUGUAACUCUCUUUUUAUAUGUGAUCAGUGGUAGUGAUCUCUCUCAUAGUGCAUAUGGUGGUAAAAAGUCUCGGAGCCACUUCAAGGCAUCAUAAAAGGAGGGUGCAACCGCUCCACAACAACGGGUGAGGUGUGAGGGUCAUGGUGUGAGCCUAAAAAAGAUCUAUCCAAAGUCAAUGUUAAGGCUAGAGUAUUGUGUCAAAGACAAGUGUAAAAUGCUCUUUAGAAAUGGUGUGACAAGCUAUUUGGUUGAGUGAUCCUUUGUUAGAAAAGGUGUGACAAGCCAUCUGGUUGAGUGAUCCUUCGGUGUGAGUGAUCUUUUGGUGUGAGAAGAGGUGUGUUUGGUGGACUUUGGUGAUAGAAAUAUCCAUGAAGACAAAUGAAUAUAACAUAUGUAUAUAUAGCCAACAAUAAAAUCUUGGCUAUUUGUAAAGAGUAUUAGACAACAAAUGGUAGCGAGCACCAGCUCCUUUUUUGGUUCUCAUUAUGUUAGUGUUGUAGGUAUAUGGAGAAUUUUGUCUCCACAACCUAACAAUGUCCAACUUGGAGACAAAUGGGAUUGUUAGGCAGUGAAGAUAAAAGUCUCGACAUACCUACUACCAUACUAGGGUAGUGGCCAUUAACUUAGUGAGAAAUCGAGUCGGAACCUCAAUUGUUAGCCAUUUUAUGGCUAUAAAUUGAGCCAAAUAUGACCAGAAGAAGAAGAAGAACGAGAGGAGAUAAAGAGAGAGAGGUGCUGCCUACGGCAGCAAUGAGCGUGAGAAAAGUGAGUUGAGUUGAGUUAAUGUUCCUCCUUCUCCUUCUCCGUUGAUGUAAAUUUGUACCUCUUUUCUAAGUCUUCAACGGGCAAUUAUGAGAAUACUCGCGGUUCUAAUACUAUUAUAUCCUUGUUUGGCCGAUCAUAUAUGUUAUUUACAUCACUGAUUUUGUUUUACAAAAUAUAUGCCUUGGACAAUGCUGCAGAUCAAGGUUGUUAAAAACGCAUUUUUAACACGGCACGAAAAAUACAAAAUAAACUCGGAUCGUAAAAACGGAUUGUAAAAUCGUAAGGAAAAUUUUUUAAAUGAAGAGCAGUGCAUAAAAUAUCGAGAGUUUUCUUUAAAUGAAGAAACAUAUUCUUUCAAGAAAACAUAUAUCAUCAAGAUAAUGAAAAGCAAUUAGCUAAGAGCAACUAUGCAAUAAUGAGUCAAACCAGUGAAUCCCUAUAUUUAUUGGUUAAUUAUGAUAAGAUCUCCCAUAUUUAUUCAUGUCUUCUUGAUCUUGAUCAAUUAUUUAUUGAAAGUGCUUUGAAACAACCUGGAGCAUGGAAAAUGCUUUGAAAUCUGCAGGCUGGGGUGGGUGUGACAGGGUGUUUUAUGUUGGUGUUGCAGAAAAAAAAACAGGCAAUACUGAAACAACAUAUUUAUAUAUAAAUCAUCUUCUAUGUAUUCACAUCCAACCAACCUCUGCAAAUUAUAAUUGUACCAUUGAUGAGGACGAUCAUGAGAUUGGAGAAUUAUUUCAGUGUAAUCUAAAAUUCAAUUAACUUUUGACAA